CUCCAAAGCAGUCUGUCCAUAUCCUCCCUCCUCCUGAAGUUGUAGAGGGCAGUCAGCACACAAGCACCUGGACAGGAGGAUCAGCCGAACUUCUCACUUGUGUUCUGUAUGUUCAGCUCCCCACUGAUGACAUCCAAUAAACUUCAGAUAUAAGUGCUUGCCUUGAACCCACACUGGGGAGAGCUAAACUACCAAAGCUGCUCUCGUUCCCUGCUUAAUUGUGUGGAUCCAGGGAGUCUACACAGCCUGAGUCUGAAUUUUGAGCCUUCUAUUUUCACACAGACUACUUCACUCACUUGACCAACUGCACACCAAGCACACAGUACUUUGGCUGGAGAACCUGAGAGUCUUCUUCUAGACAGUGGUGCAAGGAAAUGCUAGAUCUAGUGAUAUCACAGAGCCUGUCUGUAACCAGUGGCUGCUCUGACGACCUGAAAUUCAACCCUUCUCACAGUCAUUUCGCAUCUCCUGAUGACAUAACAGAUAAGGCAAGAAAAGUAUCUUCCAAAGACAGCUUCACACAUUCAGGUAACAGCAAACAGUUCCAGCAAUUUGCAUCUGAAGUGAAUUAUCCUAGGCACUAUCCCCAUAUAGUGUCACCCACAUCCAUUCAAGCGAUGGCCGCCUAUGGACAGACCCAGUACAGUGCAGGAAUCCAGCAAGCAGCAGCGUACUCCACAUACCCUCCCCCAGGACAAACGUAUGGCAUCCCCUCAUACAGUAUCAAAACAGAAGACAGUUUAAGCCACUCUCCCGGACAAAGCGGGUUUAUCAGCUAUAGCUCAAGUUUCAGCACGCCACCCCCAGGCCAGGCUCCAUACACGUAUCAGAUGCACGGUCCAUCAGGUAUCUACCAAGGAACCAAUGGUUUGACUAACUCUGGAGCCUUCAGCGGUGUGCAUCAGGAAUAUUCAUCCUAUCCUGGCUUUAGCCAAGGCCAAUAUACACAGUAUUACAGCACGUCAUACAACUCCCCAUACGUACCCACAAACAGCAUCAGUCCAACAGCCAUCUCCAGUUCCACGUACUCCCUGCAGGAAACGUCGCACCAUAUUUCCAACCAGAAUUCCGACUCACUGUCAGGAGAAUACAAUGCUCACAAUGGUCCCUCCACUCCAAUUAAAGAUUCAGAAACUGAGCGCCAACAAAGAGGAUCUGAUGUAAAGUUACGAGGCAGGUCUAAACGAAAUAAUGACCCAUCGCCUGCAGUGGACAAUGAAAUUGAGCGCGUGUUCGUGUGGGAUUUGGAUGAGACAAUAAUAAUUUUCCACUCAUUACUCACGGGAACUUUUGCCACCAGAUAUGGAAAGGACACCACCACAUCGGUCAGGAUAGGUCUGAUGAUGGAGGAGAUGAUCUUCAACCUUGCUGAUACUCAUCUGUUCUUUAAUGACUUGGAGGAAUGUGACCAGAUACACAUAGACGACGUCUCGUCAGAUGACAAUGGACAAGAUUUGAGCACAUAUAACUUUUCCGCAGAUGGUUUCCACAGUUCAGCUGCUGGAGCAAAUCUCUGUCUGGGAUCAGGGGUCCAUGGGGGAGUUGACUGGAUGAGGAAAUUAGCGUUUCGCUACCGAAGAGUGAAGGAGAUGUACAGCACCUACAAAAACAAUGUUGGAGGUUUAAUAGGUGCCCCGAAAAGAGAAACGUGGCUUCAAUUACGGGCAGAAAUGGAAGCCCUGACUGAUCUAUGGCUGACGCACGCUCUGAAGGCCCUGAAUCUCAUACAUUCCAGGCCAAACUGUGUGAAUGUGCUAGUCACCACCACCCAGCUCAUACCGGCCAUUGCCAAAGUCCUGCUGUACGGGCUGGGAGCCGUCUUCCCCAUUGAAAAUAUUUACAGUGCAACAAAGACAGGGAAGGAGUGCUGCUUCGAGCGGAUAAUGCAGAGAUUUGGAAGGAAAGCAGUGUAUGUUGUAAUUGGAGAUGGUGUGGAAGAGGAACAGGCAGCGAAAAAGCACAACAUGCCAUUUUGGCGAAUCUCCUGCCAUGCUGACUUGGAGGCCUUACAACAUGCUCUGGAGCUGGAGUACUUGUAGCACGCUCUCCUCACCGAUAUCUACCGAGCACUCAAACAUGUCAACUGACUGCAGAAGUCCAGCACAGGAGCCCGGGGGGGCAUUCCUUUCCUACAUAGCCCAGGACAAAACAUCCACGUCCAUUUGACGGGCACUGCCUGCCUGGUGUCACCAUAUUGGAUCCUGCAAUUGAUUAUUUAAUGAAAUGCUUAUAGCUGAACCCGGACUAAAAGUGAGCUGUUUCUUUGCCACUAAGACUAUUUAUAAGCACAAAGAGACUUGAUUUCACGGGUCAGACAUGUUCAAGAUAUGACGAGGAAAGGCCACUUUCAUUGAUUCUCUCUACUACUCAAUUACCUUUCAUAGGACAUGAUGGACAGAGGAGUCAAAUAGAUGAUUUUUUUGUAUUUUUUUGUUUUUGUUUAAUUUAUGGACUCUUUUUUUUUUUUUUUUGUCCUGUUAUUAUGCCCCUUUUACCUGUCACAUGGGGCAGGCAGGUGUACAUGGAUCUUAUUUAAUAAAUCUUUUCUUCAUGGCAAGAACUGAGAUUAGCUGCAUUGUGUACAUUAGUUCUGGUUGAUGAUUAUAAUUCACACUUGUAUAGAUGGAAUGUGGACUCCGCAUGUGUCUGCUCUGUGCCUUAUGCGACCAUCUCUGGUUUUUAUAUGUAUAUAUAAAAGCAGUGUGUUGUCAUGAAAGAAAGGCAUUAAAUAAAAAACUACGUUUACAUUUUGGGGGAAGCUA